UCCUCCUCCUCCUCCUCCUCCCAGCAUUUUUUUUUUUUUUUUUUUGAGACAUGGCCCGGGCCGUGGCUUCUGAAAGAGGAACAAGUGUGGGAAAAGGGAGAGGAAGCCGGAGCUAAAUGACAGGAUGCGGGCGACUUGAGACACAAAAAGCGACGCGUUUCUCUCGGAUCGGGGCAUUGCCUCGCUGCUCUCCCUUCCCCGGGCCGGACUGAGGGUCUCGCGGAGCCGGCGGAGUUGGGGCGCUGCGGAUCCCCGCGCCCUGUGCCCGGCGUUUCCCGCUCGCUCUCCUCUCGCCCCGGACCGGCGCAGCCAGGAUGGACGCGCGGCUGCCGCUGCUCUGCGCCGCGCUCGCCCUCGCCCUCGCCCGGGCCGGCGCCUUCCGCAACGAUAAAUGUGGCGGUACUAUAAAAAUUGAAAGUCCCGGGUACCUCACAUCUCCCGGCUAUCCUCAUUCCUAUCACCCAAGUGAAAAAUGUGAAUGGCUGAUUCAGGCUCCGGACCCCUACCAGAGAAUUAUGAUCAACUUCAAUCCACACUUUGAUUUGGAGGACAGAGACUGCAAGUAUGACUACGUGGAAGUCAUCGAUGGAGAAAAUGAAAAUGGACGUUUAUGGGGAAAGUUUUGUGGGAAAAUUGCCCCUUCCCCUGUAGUGUCUUCGGGACCAUUUCUUUUCAUCAAAUUUGUAUCUGACUAUGAAACACAUGGUGCAGGAUUUUCCAUUCGUUAUGAAAUUUUCAAGAGAGGUCCUGAAUGCUCCCAGAACUACACAGCAUCUACUGGCGUGAUAAAGUCCCCCGGAUUCCCUGAAAAAUAUCCCAACAGCCUUGAAUGUACUUAUAUUAUCUUUGCACCAAAGAUGUCUGAGAUUAUCCUGGAAUUUGAAAGCUUUGACCUGGAGCUUGACUCAAAUAAUCCAACGGGGAUGGCUUGUCGCUAUGACCGGCUAGAAUUCUGGGAUGGAUUCCCUGGGGUCGGCCCUCACAUCGGUCGUUUCUGUGGACAAAAAACACCAGGUCAGAUCCGUUCUUCAUCGGGCAUUCUCUCCAUGGUUUUCUAUACCGACAGCGCGAUAGCCAAAGAAGGCUUCUCAGCCAACUACAGCAUCUUGCAGAGCAGUUUCUCAGAAGAUUUCAAGUGUAUGGAACCCCUGGGCAUGGAGUCGGGAGAGAUUCACUCCAGCCAGAUCAAAGCCUCUUCCCAGUACAGCACCAACUGGUCUGCAGAGCGCUCCCGCCUGAACUACCCCGAGAACGGGUGGACUCCGGGCGAAGAUUCCUUCCGAGAGUGGAUACAGGUGGACCUGGGCCUCCUGCGCUUUGUCACCGCUAUUGGAACCCAGGGUGCUAUUUCUAAGGAAACAAAGAAGAAAUAUUACGUUAAGACUUACAGAGUAGACAUCAGCUCCAAUGAGGAUGACUGGAUCACCAUAAAAGAAGGAAAUAAAGCUGUUAUCUUCCAAGGAAACACCAACCCCACAGAUGUGGCUUUUGGAGUUUUUCCCAAACCACUGAUAACUCGAUUUAUCCGAAUCAGACCUGUCUCUUGGGAAACUGGUGUAUCCAUGAGAUUUGAAGUCUACGGCUGCAAGAUAACGGACUACCCGUGCUCCGGAAUGCUGGGCAUCGUGUCUGGCCUUAUCUCCGACUCCCAGAUCACAGCGUCCAACCAAGGGGACAGGAGCUGGAUGCCGGAGAACGUCCGCCUGAUGAGCAGCCGCUCGGGCUGGGCCCUGCCCCCCGCCCCGCACCCGUACACCAGCGAGUGGCUGCAGGUGGACCUGGGCGAGGAGACCAUGGUGAGGGGCGUCAUCAUCCAGGGCGGGAAGCACCGGGAGAACAAGGUGUACAUGAGGAAGUUCAAGGUCGGGUACAGCAACAAUGGCUCCGACUGGAAGAUGAUCAUGGACGACAGCAGGCGCAAGGCCAAGUCUUUUGAGGGCAACAACAAUUACGAUACACCUGAGCUACGGACUUUUCCACCUAUUUCCACGCGAUUCAUCCGGAUCUACCCCGAGAGGGCCACUCACGGCGGCCUGGGCCUACGGAUGGAGCUGCUGGGCUGUGAUGUGGAAGCGCCAACAGCUGGACCGACCACUCCCAACGGGAACCCAGUGGACGAAUGUGACGACGACCAGACCAACUGCCACAGCGGAACAGGUGAUGACUUCCAGCUCACAGGGGGUACCACUGUGCUGACCACAGAAAAGCCAACGGUAAUAGACAGCACAAUACAAUCAGAGUUUCCAACAUAUGGUUUCAACUGUGAGUUUGGCUGGGGCUCUCACAAGACAUUCUGUCACUGGGAACAUGACAGCCACGUGCAGCUCAAGUGGAGUGUGCUCACCAGCAAGACAGGACCCAUCCAGGACCAUACAGCAGGAGAUGGCAACUUCAUCUACUCCCAAGCUGAUGAAAAUCAGAAGGGCAAAGUGGCCCGCCUGGUGAGCCCUGUGGUCUAUUCCCAGAACUCCGCCCACUGCAUGACCUUCUGGUACCACAUGUCUGGGUCUCACGUCGGCACACUGAGGGUCAAACUGCGUUACCAGAAGCCGGAGGAAUAUGAUCAGCUGGUCUGGAUGGCCAUCGGGCACCAAGGCGACCACUGGAAGGAAGGGCGUGUCUUGCUCCACAAGUCUCUGAAGCUUUACCAGGUGAUUUUUGAGGGCGAAAUCGGAAAAGGAAACCUUGGCGGAAUUGCAGUGGAUGACAUUAGUAUUAAUAACCACAUUUCACAAGAAGACUGUGCAAAACCGGAUGACCUGGAUAAAAAGAACACGGAAAUUAAAAUCGAUGAAACAGGGAGCACCCCCGGAUACGAGGGCGGGGGAGAAGGCGACAAGAACAUCUCCCGGAAACCAGGCAAUGUGCUGAAAACCCUGGACCCCAUCCUCAUCACCAUCAUAGCCAUGAGUGCACUGGGGGUCCUGCUGGGGGCCGUGUGCGGGGUCGUGCUCUACUGUGCCUGCUGGCACAACGGGAUGUCCGAGAGAAACUUGUCUGCCCUGGAGAACUACAACUUUGAACUCGUGGAUGGAGUGAAGUUGAAAAAAGACAAACUGAAUACACAGAGUUCCUAUUCGGAAGCAUGAAGUCGGGCGGAAGCUGGAAGUGGAGGACGUGACUCGAGCGUGCUGGGGAAGGUCAUCCGCUUUCACGGUCAGGCUGGAAAGUGCGGGGAUGACGCUGAGCCAGGCUUUUCUCAGGAGCUUCGAUGCACACGGCCGACAGACAGCGACAGUGAGCUGUGUCCACAAUCGCAAUCAUGUACAGUCAGCUUCUUCUGUUGGUUUCAUUUGAAUAAUCAGAUGCUGGUGUUGAGACCAAGCAGGAUGGACUUCACGACUCAUUUUGACUCUCCCUGCCUCUCCCCUUCCCCCUCUUCCUUUGAUGGCUUCUUUUGAAAACUGCAGAAUCCAAGAUGCUGGCACCACGUGUAUUCCGAGGGGCCCUUCCGACGGACGUACGGCUGGUUGCCCAGUGCCCAGAAUACAUCAGCCUAAGCGCACUUCAGUGGACUCCCAAAGUCAGUCCUGUGUAUAAUUCCCCGUGUGUGCAGAGAGGAAGGACUCGGGUGUUUUAUUUUCAAAGCACUGUAGCCUCCAUACCGAUAAAGCGUGCCAGCUCUGUUUAUGAAGCAAUACCGUCACAUUUUUCUUGAUGUUCUCCAGUGUUGUACUAAAUCCCGUGCUCGUGAACGCCGUACGGGAAACUGUGCCGUCACCAAACUCUGCUGGCAACCAACUGGGCGUACUGCUGACAACCACAACAGAAGUCCUUGGCACUGGCUCGUCUGUGUCCUCUCAAGUGCCUUUUUGUUUGUACUGGUUCAUUGUGUUACGUUCUCGACCCACUCUGUUUCCUGCUGAGGAAAGCCCUCCUCUUUCACCAAGCCCUGGUGGCCCACUGACUAAGAAGAAAGUAUAUUUUAGUGCGACAUGUCAGUGCCCGGGAAGGCGAGGGCUCUGAAGACUUGGCACAGUGGCUUAAUUGUUCUACUUUUUCUGUGGUUCAAUUUCAUGUCUCUUGACCCUUUUGUAUAAAGCUGCAAUAUUCUCUCGUAUUGUUCUUUCAUAUGGAAUGUAUUUUCAAAUGUAAACUCUUUGCCCUCUCUCUCUCCUUCUCUCUCUCUCUCUCUCUCUCUCUCUCUCUCUCUCUCUCUCUCUCUGUCUGUCUUCUUUUCUCUCUUAGAAUUUAAGCAUUUGCCAUUGUCCAGAAAAGAAACUCGCAGCUUUAACCUGCUGGUAAUGGCGAGCAAUUUGACUAGACUUUAUGUUUAAGAAUAAAUAAAUAAAUAAGGGAAAUUCCUAACUUUACCCUCCAAAGUCUAACUUUGGUUUUCUUGUUAACUGGUUAAAGUGACAGUAUCUUUUUUCCGAAAGCCAUUUUUCUGUCUAUUCUAAUCAGAAUAAGGUUCAGUAGAAAUGUUUGGGUCUAAUGGAAAUAGUGAUCAGCUGAAGGAAGAAAUAAUACUAAUUAGCUUUCAAGUGAGACCCAAAGGAAGGACUGAAUAAUAUCUUCUAAAUAUCUAAAAAAAAAUGAAAUUUUUAUAUAUGAAUGUGCAAAAAUAACCCAUGAGAACCUUUUUGUUUUGAUAUUAAGUCGGACCUGGGAAGUGAAAGGGACAAUAGUUAAUUUAAGAAAAAGAUUUUAAAUCCUGAUGGUUGUUGGUGAAUUAUUUUAAGAUAAUGGUGGAAGGGCAUGUGAAGUCAAAACAAGCAUUUUUAAACAUCCAUUCAGCGGCAAGCUCCCCAAAAUAGACUUGAACAAACGCUUCUAGAAACUUCGAGUCUCAUGAGGAAAAAGCCUGUCUCAGCCUGAUAAAGCCUACACCUCUGACAGCACAGAAUAGUAAAUAUCUUAGAGGCAGCGUGUGAGUUUACCCAGAGAAGCACUAUUAUUUUGGUGUAGCUCCUCAUGCCAGGCUGUAAUAAGAGUUUUUACCCCUUUCUCCUUUCCUACAUUGCUGUAGGUCUCCCUCAAAUAUAUCUGUUGGGAGCCAUAUUUGCAUCAUGGAUGGAAUAGUCCAUUCAUCUUGAUUUAAUUGGAUUGAGAAUGCCUUUCAGUUCCAGGAAAAUAUUGAUUACCAAGAAAGAAGAAUAGGUUUUUGUCCCCAGGGGCAUUCAUUCAGUUCUUAUAAUCAUGCCAGGAGAAAAGCAAUGAGCAAGACUUGACUUCAUUUUUGUCCUAGCCAAGGAAAAAUGAUACUGCAACUUUAAAUUUUAAAGUAUCUUGCACUGAUAAAUAUAUUUAAAAAUUAUAUGUUUAUAAAGUUAUUAAUUUGUAAAGGCAGUGUUAUAAAAUAUUCAGUUUAUAUUGUUUUAGAUUGUUUCGUAAUUUUUAAAGGUGUAAAAUAACAUAUUUUUUCUUUAUUGAAAUCUAUAAAACUUUCUGUAGUAAAAUGUUUUCAUUUUACUGGUAUGUUAUUGCUUCAUGUUUUGUACCAUCAUAAAAUUUUGUGCAAAUUUUUUUUACAGAAAUUUUUAUUUUCUAUGACAAUAUGACACUUGUAAAUUGUUGUUUCAGAAUGAACAGCGAAGCCUUAACUUUAAAUGACAUUUGUAUUCUCAGACUCUGAGUAGCAUAAAAACCACAUAGAACUGAACUGUAACUUAAAUUCCAAACUAUGACUACUACAUUCCAAAGAAACAGUUGAUUAAACAUUUUCAUAAAUAUUUCAAACCUGAUGGCUUUUAUUAUAGUAGCUUUGUUCUUGUUAAAGAAGUUGCUGUUAUCUCACCAUCCAGUAACUUUUAAGAUUUUCUAAAAUUCUUUUUUUAAAAUAUCCUCCUAAGGUAUGAAGAUUAAGAAGAUAUUUCCUGAACAGAAUACAGAACCAAAUCAGAUAAUGUUAACAGAGAGAAUACAAAAUUUGGCUUGAUAAGUGGAGAUUUUUCAAUUCCAAAUUGUGUGUCCAUGUUCUGUAGUCCACUUGGUAAAGUUUGUUUCAUGAUAUUCACAAGUAACUGUUGGUAAGUUUUGUUCUUGUAGAAAAUAAAUAAAUCUCUUUGUACACGCA